AUGUACAUGCAGUUCGACGCUGCAAGAGAAGAGGCAAGUAAAGAACGUGUUAAUCAAGAGAUGAAAACGGAACGGAGGUUGAAAGAGAAAGAUAGAGAGAUAGCAUUCUGGUUAUCUGAGAAUGUCAACAUCCCUCAAAAUGAGAAGGAUAAGGUAAAGUCACAGAUCAUGAGAACGGUGAAACACGAACUUGAGGAACUCAGGAGUGGUGACGUGGAGGAGAUUCUCUCUAUUCUUCCCUCUGAACUUCAAAGCUAUCUCAAUUCCCAUAUGAUGUGGAAAAAGUUACAGAGAGUUCCAAAGCUUGACUCACUGGAUGAACAAGUAUUGAAAGCGAUCUGGAAGCAUUCUAAGACUCUGAAAUAUGCUGCAAAGACCGAUAUUAUUAAAGCGAAUGAACCGAUUGAUAAGAUGUUCUUCAUCAUAGAAGGAAUUGUAAAGAUUGAAAGUAGUAAGGAUCUUUCUUCUGCGCAGCUUGAAGCAGGAGGUUUCUUUGGAGAAGAACUUGUAGAUUGGGCAACAAUUGCUGUAUUUCCUAACUUAUUACCCUUGUCGACCAGUAGCGCCAAGGCCACCAAAGAUGUCAAAGCCCGUGUUCUCCUGGCCAGCGACUUGUGUGAUGUAGUCAGUCUUUUCCGGGACCAUUUCCGUAAGAGGAAGCGCCCCCCACCGGACCUCGUUGGGUUUAACUGCACACCGGCACCUCCCCCACCUCACCGGACAGUGUCAGGUUUAGCUGCCUAUAGACCUUGGUAA